AUGAAUGAUGCCCAGAAUCAAGUUGGAUUUUGUGAUCUCCCACCUGAACUGCUGCUGUAUAUUAUCAGAUAUACUAAAGAAGGUAAUUCUUUGUUGUUACUCUCCUCAGCAAACCGAACACUACGCCACUUGUGUGCCUGCCACAUAUUCCGGAAGCUAAAGAUAGCCUUCUUGACGACAGGAUUGGACCGCUUACUGCAAAUAUCACACUCUCGGAUAGCACUACACGUCCGCGAGAUUAUUUAUGAGGUUACUGAGAGAAUUGACCCUCAUAACUAUAAGUAUUUUCGGUCUCAGAUCUAUACGCUAACUAAGUAUCAACGUGAUCAGAACGAAUGCUUCUGGACUUUGGGGGGGAAAAAAGUCUUAUACUUGGGCAUCUUUCACUAUUUUAGUGCUCAGGCGCGGGAACAGCACCUGGUCCAAGAGAAGGCUCAAGACACUGAGGCCCUUAUAACUUCUAUUCCUCGCUUUAAAAGCCUGGAGGCAGUGGAAAUGGUCUUCGUAGAUGGUGUUCAGUCACCCUUUCACUGGUUUGCGGGUCGCGUCUUCUUAGACUGCAUACACGCCCUUACUAAAUACUUAGUGAAAAUGACAGCAGCUAUGACAGUGGCCAAAUUAGAUGGCGUGACAGUAAGGAUAUUUACGAUAUCUGGGUUUUAUUCUCGUCUUGAGCCAGCCGACCCGCUGCUACUGGAUUGGGCGGGUCACGCACUUAGCCAUGUUAAAGAGCUUAAAGCCACUAAUAGUCCUAUUAUAUUGGAGUUUCUGAGCCGAGUUUCUCUCCCAUCUCUUCAGCAAUUCGAGCUGGCAAGUUGCUGGCUAUCCUUAGAGAACUUGGAGGAUUUUAUCCGAAAACACGCGGCCUUUUUAUGCUAUCUUCACCUAGAAGAUAUGUGGCUGCUCCACGAGAAGAUCAAUAAGGAUAGAAUCUUUUUAUCCAUGGCGAAUGCACAGUCCAUAUUCAACAGUUUGAAAGUUAUUCGGGACAUUGGCAUCCUUGACGAGCUUACAAUAAAUCGUCGGCCUGGGGGAUUGUACGAGGCAAAAGCACGGGUCUGUUCCUCGUCUUAA